GCGUUAUGUUGUGUAGUAUGUCUUUAUGCGGAUCCGAAACAUGAAGCUAGGGUUAUUGUUUGGACUUUCAACAACCGGCUUUGCAUAUUCUCAGCUUCUUAGUAUGAGUUUGUCCGGUUUCGAAAAGUAAAUGCCAAUUGUAACUUAGUUUACAUCGGAGUUCCAGUUGGCAAAUGUAUUUCUUCUCGUCGUAUUAUGUUUCCCACUUGCAUCGUGUUUGUCGUUUGUCCUAUAUCUCUUCACGAUUUUGGAACCUGAGUCAAGGAGUAGUAACAAUGGCGCCGAGGGAGGAGGAGGACUCGAGGAUGGAGAAGCUCGAAUCAGCAUGCUCGGAUUUGAAAAUCCUCCUCCAAGCCUCGACGGGAUUGAACGAUAGCCUAGAGAGGAUGGAGAAGAAUCUUGAUUCAAUCGACGAAUCGCUCGCGACAGCGUCGAGAAGCAUAAUACCUCUACAAUCUUUGGCGAUGACGACAAAAGCCCUCGAAACGAGAAUCAAUCGUGCAGCUUCGCCUGCUCUCGUUCUGCUCGAUUCCUUUAAGCGAUCCGAGUUUCUCCAACGCAAGAUUCUCGCGAUCUUCGCCAAUUUAUCGGUGGAAAAAUUGGCACAGGAACGUCUGAAGAAGCUGAUCAAACUAGUAAACUGUGUGGAUAGACUGAAUGCAUCCAUAAGCUUGAUUAGCCAAGAGGGGGAAUCGGUGAUCCAGAAACUUCAAGAGGUGGUAGAGUUCUUGAGUAGGACGAAGGCUGCUGAUUCACAGCGGACACACAGACUGAAAGAGACGAUGAUCACUCUCAAAGCUCUAUACGAAACAGAAAUUGACGACAUGAAGUUUGAGGGGUUGCUUGACGAAGCUUUGCUGAACCUGCAAGAUGAAUUUGAAAACAUAUUAAAGAAUCUAAAGCGUCAAAGAAAACCCAAGUUUGAAGAUGGUGAAGCAGAAAAAGAAGGUGAAGCAGUGGGGUCUGAAAUGGGUACCGAGUUGGAGGUCGAAGCUGCCAAACGAAUUUCUGAAACCCUCGCUGCCAACGAUUGUUUGGAUAUUUGCAUCAAUAUUUACGUCAAGGUUAGAUACAGAAGAGCAGCUACGACAUUGAUGCGGCUGAAUCCAGUCUAUCUCAAAACAUACACUCCAGAAGAAAUUGACAGAAUGGAGUGGGAAAAAUUGGAGACAGCAAUUUCUCUGUGGAUUGAACACUUCAAGGUCGCGGCCACGAGCGUGUUGGUUUCCGAGAAGAAACUCUGUAGCCAGGUCUUAGGCUCAAUCAUGGAUGGACUGAUGUGGCCUGAAUGCUUCGUGAAGAUCGCGGACAAAAUCAUGGCCGUGUUCUUCCGAUUUGGGGAAGGCGUCGCCAGAAGUACAAAAGAGCCGCAGAAACUGUUCAAGCUCUUGGACAUGUUCGCCUCCAUGGAACAACUCAACUCCGAAUUCUCUGAGGCAUUCGGCGGCGAAGCUGGCACAGAAAUUCGCACACGAUACAGAGAGCUGGAGAAGCUACUUGUACACGCGUCCAGCAAAGUAUUUUGGGACUUCGGCCUUCAAAUUGAGGGCAAUUCAGAUGGCUUUCCUCCUCCAAAAGACGGCUCAGUUCCAAAACUAGUCAGAUACGCCGUCAACUACCUCAAAUACCUUGCAAGUGACAACUACAGUUUCGCCAUGACCAAAGUUCUCCAAAUACAGAAAUCAUGGAAGGGCGGAGUCGUUUUAAAAUCGGAAGACGAGGAUAAUCUCCUCAAAGACGCCUUCUCUAACGUAAUGGAAGCCCUACAAAGAAACGUCGAAUCCAAAAAAUCGCGCUACAGAGACAAAAUCCUACCGCAUAUCUUCUCAAUGAACACAUACUGGUACAUCUACAUGCGAAUCCGAAACACGGAACUAGGAAGAUUUCUAGGAGAACAGUAUAUGAGAAAGAAUUACAAAGCAGUGGCAGAGGAAUCGGCUUACACUUACCAAAUGCUAUGUUGGGAGCCCUUGCUUUCAGUAUUGGACAUGGAAGACGUGCGAUUACCGAACAAGGAAACCGUGGAAGAAUUAGCGAAAACAAAAAUGGAAGCAUUCGUGAAGGCUCUAAGGGAAUUCUCACAUAAACACGGAACCGCGUAUUGCAUUCCAGAUUUGGAUUUGCGGGAGCAGUUGAAAGAGGCAACCCUGAAGAUGAUACUACCGGCUUACACGGAGUUCUUCAAUUUGCACUCGGCUUUGUUGCCGGGGAUUGGGAAGUAUUAUGUGGGCCUAGAGACGAUCCAUGAUUUUGUGGGUCGGGCCUUUGAGUUCGAAAGUGGGAGUGGGAGUGGGAGUGGACCUGGGCCGGGUGGCAAGUUGAAGAGACGGGGUUCAGUGGAUCGGAUGGCUGAGAUAUCGUCGGAUGGACCAAUCUUGGGCGUUUGAUUGGAAUAGUUAGAGAUUGCCAACAGGGAUUGAUGACCACACAAAAGGAUUCUGAUGUUUUUAAGGAACUUGGUCGAACAUUGAAAAUAUUCUUCGGUUCAUGGAUUUUUAAGGAUUUUGUCCAAAAUGAACCAAAAAAAAAUGUAUGUUUUAUUGUCACACACUAUGGUCAAAUGAAAUAAAAUACAUAUAA